UUAUUAUAACUUGGUUGUUAUUUCUAAUAAUUUUGCUCUCACAUUUAACACAACACUGGAGUUUCCGUGUUGGGAGAAAGACAAAAAUGGAAGGCAAGCAGACAAAAAGGAAGAAAGAAACUGAGAAUACGAAAGAAGAUCGACUCAGUGAGUUACCGGAUUGUCUUCUCCAUCACAUUUUCUCUUUCGCCGACGCAACUGAUGCUGUUAGAAGUUGUACUUUGUCCAAAAGAUGGAGGUACUUGUGGACUUCUCUUCCUUAUCUUAAUUUCAGUUUUAGCAACUUUCGUAGGGUUCUUACCUCAAAAAGAGCAUCUUUCAUUAACUUCAUUAAUCAACUUCUUCUGCGUCGAAGUCGAAGUUCUAUACCCAUACACAGUUUUCACUUUACUUCAUCUUUUGAUGUGAAAGCUGCAAUUUCACAUUGGAUGCGUUAUGCAGCUGAACAUCAGAUUCAACACCUUACAAUAGAACCCGUUUCUCCUACAAUUUGCCCUAUCUUUAACGGUUACGCAUCCUUUACAACUCUCAAACUGACUUGCCCUCAAUGUGAAUGCGCAACGUUUCCUCAAGCUCUGGACUUGCCUUUUUUGAAAAAUUUGCACCUUGUUCGAUUCGGAAAUUUUGAUGGACGUAUCUUUUCCAGGUUUCCUAAUCUCGAGACUCUAACACUUGAAGAUACACAGUUGAGAGGUAUUCGAAAGUUCAGUGUUUGUUCUUUAAAUCUGAAAAGCUUUGAUUUUUUAAAUAAUGGGAAUUUGAUGCGUUAUCCCAAUUGUGAAUUUGUUAUUGUGGCUCCAAAGCUUACGAAAUUCAAGUUUCAUGGUUAUCAUCCUUUAGACUGCUCUACCGAGAAUCUUUCUUCUCUAGACCAUAUUGAAUUUAAUGUGCUGAGCAACAAAGAAUUGGAUAACAUCUAUCAUACGGAUGAGCUAAAGCAAAAGUUUGCUCGCAAAGUGCUCCAAAUGCUUAAUGCACUUCAUACUGCAAAAUCCAUCACAUUGUCCAACAAAGUCAUUCAGGUUCUAUCCUACUUUCCUGCUUCACUGAAUGAGCACCCUUCACAGUUUUUAAAUCUGAAGUAUAUGAAGGCGAAGAGUAUUAGGAAGUCUUCCAAGAAAAUCAAGAUACCCAGGUUGAUCUUAAAUUACUUUCUCAAGAGCUCUCCAUUGCUGGAAAUAUCUUAAACUAAAGGACUGACAAAUCGAUUGGUAAAAAGUAAUUAAAGAAAUCCUUGGUUCUGUAAGUUAUUUUAACCGGUUUUUGGUCAAAUUGUCAAUGUUAAUACGAUUAUGCACUUUUCUGAUAUAAAUUUUGGUGACUGAUUACUUUAA